CUAUGUCUACCUAAAAUGGCGGACCUCAUGUAGGGGUCGGGUGUUAUUACAUGUCAAACUUAAAGCAUCUUCAUUAGGAUUGUUUUCUGACUAUUUAUCUACAUUAUUAGCAAUGUUUUCCAGUUGUGGCCUGCGGGCGCUUCUGAAGUGUUCUGUGGGUGUUUUCCGUGAAACCUCCGCGGUGUCAGCUAGACCCUGGAGCUGCAGCCGUCUGCCUCUGUUAUCAGGACCAACAGUUAGCAAAGGAGGAUUUGCAGUUCCACAUCCAGUGAGACACUAUGCCAGGGUUGCAAAGAAGAAGAAGACUGGCCCAGAGAGCCAGCUUGGUGAUCUUCCUCCAACUAUGCUGAAGGCGGAUUAUGCAGCCGUCCCACUUGCUCAGUCGACAGAUGAUCUUGUCAAACGUCUUCUUUCAUUGGAACUGGCAAGUCAUAGAGAAAAGCUACAGCUGAAAACGCAGCAACUGAUUGCCAAAGUUCAGAGAGAUGAGAAUGACCACAAUUCAGUGGAAGUCCAGGUGGCUAUUUUGACUGCAAGAAUUCGAAACUAUCAAGAGCAUUUGCAGAAACACCACAAGGACAAAGCUAACAAGAGGCGCAUGCUUAUGGCCAUCGAUCGUAGAAAAAAGCUUCUGAAAAACCUACGUUUGGUUCGUUUUGACACCUUUGAGAAAGUGUGUGAGCAGCUUGGCAUCACCUACACCUUCCCCCCAGAGUACUACAGACGGGCCACCCGCCGCUGGCUCGCCAAGAAAGAGUUCUGCAUCAAGGUUUUCAAGGCGGUGCAGAAGCAGAAAGCAGAGCAAAAGAUGAAGCAGCAUUUAGGAACCACAGAAUCAGAGGAAGCCAAGGCAGCAGGAGCUCAAACACAAUAAAACCACCUAGUCUGAAGAACUGUCUGCUCUCAAUGUUUAGGGAAUAGGUUUCCUUGUUUGAUCUAUCCCAUUUUUUGUGUUUUCAUUCUGAUGUUCUUUAAUUUUCACUUCUGGAUUAAUCUUACAAUGAUGAAGCAUCUUGGAAAUAAAAUAUAUCAAAUG